CUCGCACGACGGUGUGGGAGCCGACGUUCUUUGGUUUGUGCCACCGUCGUGAAGUGCUGCGAUAACGUCGGCGAACACGACGAUGACGGUCUUUACUGGGUUCUCGUACCUGCAGUCUUGCGCGCGGUUGGCGCACGCCCACAUCUCCCUCAACCGUACCACGCGAGCCUUCUUUGCCUUCAGCCUCGCCUACUGCCUCGCGCAGAGCGUUUUGCAAGGCUUCACCUACGCCCUCGAUGCCGAGUACGCUUCGUUCGCCAAGGGAGUCACCUCCGCCGCGGGCAUGCCGGCGCGAAAUGUGACGGACCUGCACGGUGUGCCCGGACAAUUGCGCCUGGAGAUGUGCAGCGAUCUACCGGGGCCAUGCGAGGAUAUCUUCCGAUCAGGAGAGGAGUCGGAGGACAUGGUAGAAUCACAUUCUAACGGAUUCACCUCGGGACUGGACUUGCCACGACAUCAGCCACUCACUUUCGUGCCCAUGUUUGGCGUGGGGAUAGGGAACGGAACGACGACCGGCGUACAGAUUAUGGCCCUCAAUGAGCCCGGAAUCGAGCUCUUCCUCAAUGAACGCUGUGCACAGAUGGUUGUGUAUCUGAAGCAACACAUGGAACACGCACAAGCCGAAGACCUUGCCCUCGUUUUCUUGCAGCUUUGGUUGCUUGCUAUCUCGCUCUUUGCCCUCCUCAAGGACUCGGUGCCACAUACACUUGGUGUUCUCUCCGCCCGCGCUCUGGUCGCAUCCUGGUCCGCCUAUGCCGUCUGGCGCACGCAACACCAGCGAGACAUCUUUCGCGAGCUCCUUGUCGCCCCUGGUACGCCGUGCGCGAUCGAUUUCUUCCCGUCGUAUUUCACUACGCGGAUCGGCUAUGAGAUUGGCGAUCUCGUCCUCACCAUCAGUGCUUUGGUCAUUGCAGCGUGCCUUUCCUGGCGGUUGCUGAAGCUCUACAAUGAACAAACCUUCAAGUGCCUCGGGGCACCGAAGCCCAUCAUGCGAAUUAAUAAGCUAUUCAUGGCCGUCCUCGCCUCCCUACAGCUCGAGGUCUUUGUCCAGGUGACGGGGAUGGGGCUGUGGGCCGACCAGCUCUUCAACACCGGUAUCAAAGAAAUCUCGGAGCAUACGGCGUUGUAUGAAGCGCUGAUAGUAUUGAGCUCGGCUCUUCUCAUUCCAUGGAUCAUGCUGGGUUGGUACGCCAUCCGCCGCGAGAUGAAGUAUGCCGUUCUUCUCUUCCUCUUCCUCGGCUUUGUCUACUUGUUCGCCUGGACGUUUAUGUUCUACUCCUCGACGUAUCGCUGGCUCUUCAUCACUUGGCCCUUCCUCGGCGCAUUUACUAUCGCAUCUAUUCUCCUCAUCGUCGCCAGCAUCAUCCUUGCCAUUGUCUGUCGUGUACACUUUGACCGGGGGCUGAAGCAUUAUCUCCAAGCCGAAAGCGCGCUCGCCCGCACUGAAUUUGCGCCAGACAACUUUGCCGUCGAGACUACUCAACGUGGCGACAAGCAAAGCUCAUGGGUGUCUGUCAGGACCGUGGGCAGGGUUUCCACGCGGCUGGGGCGGAAGCUGUCAUCUUUGACGAGUAGGACAGCAUCGACAUUGACGGGACGGGCAUCCACGCAAACGGGCAGGUCAAUGGCCACCCGACACUCGACCGCCUCCGACGAGUCGUUCAAAGGGACGUCAGAGAGACACCUGUCCGAAACCUCCACCAACUGGGCCUUCGGCGACUCCAUCGAGUCCGACGGCUCAAGCAAAUGGGCGUACGAAUCCUCACGAGAGUGGUCGUACGAAGACGCGGACAAGGCCGCGUACGAGCUCGAGGUAUACGGUGCGGGUGACGCGCAGGUGUUCCACGUACCAACGCUGCCGUUUAGCGCGGGGAGGGUGGAUCUGGUGGGUGCGGGAGCGGAGAUGGUGGGCGAGGUGACGCCGGCGCAUGCGAUUCGGGCGGUGAGGACGUAUGCGCGGACGGUGACGCCGGUGGAGGUGGAGGGGUAUCGAGGGACACCGACGCCGGUGGAGGGGCAGAGAGCGACGCCUGUGGAGGGUUAUAGGGUUCCGCAUGGAAACUACAUAUGAUGGUAGGCUGGACUGCACCAGAUGACGGGUGGAUGGAUGGAUGGAUGGAUAGGAUAGGAUACUAGAUAGGAUUAGGAUAGAGCUGUGCUAAUUUGUACUUACCUUCGUUGUGUUAUGCAGUCUUUGCGCUCGCACAGUA